AUGGGGGGCAAAAGACAUAGCAAGAAUGCGGGGGUCAUGGGGAGGGAGGCGCUCACGUACCACGAGCGGCGCGCGCUCGGGUUCGGCACCGUGCAGGAGCGCGUGGGCAAGGACGCCAUCAGCAACUUCGACGACUGCCGGCUGUCUCUGUCCCCGGCGGUCGACCCCGUGGCGUCGCCCCAGGGCGUCGUGUUCAGCCGCGAGAGCAUCCUGGAGUACCUGGUGGCGCAGAAGAAGGAGCUCAAGCGGCGGAUGCGGGCGUGGGAGGAGCACGAGGCGCGGCGGGAGGAGCGGGACCGCGCGGCGGCCGCGGCCGAGGAGCAGGCGCGGCUCGCGGAGUUCGACCGCGUCAACCACGCAGGCAUGAGCGAUCAGCGGGCGCGGGAGGUGGCCGACGCGAUGCGGAGCGAGGCGGGCGCGGACAAGCACCACAUCCAGUCGGUGAUCGCGAUCGGGGACAUCGAGCGGCGGCGGCGCGAGGACAAGUCGUUCUGGGCCGCGGACAAGGUCCCCGAGGCCGAGGCGGCGGUGGAGAAGCCCGACAUGCACCCGCGGUGCCCCGUCACGGGCCGCAAGCUCAAGCUCAAGGACCUGGUGGCGGUCAAGUUCACGCCGAUACCGGGCGGGCCGACGGAGGCCGGAGCGAACGGGCAGGUGCUGCGGUACAUGGACCCGGUCACGAAGGACACGCUCACCAACCGGAGCAAGCUGGUGCUCCUCAAGCCCACCGGCGACGUGGUGCUGGCGAGCACGUGGAAGAAGGUGAUCGAGCCGGACGGGGAGUACAACGGGCGGAAGGUGACGGCGAAGGACGUCAUCGAGCUGCGGUCGGGCGGCACGGGAUUCGCGGCGCACGACAAGGAGGAGACGCAGGCCAAGCGGUACGCGGUGCUCGGGAUCGGCAACGGGGUGGCGCCGUUGCGCGGACAGACGCAGGGACCGGCGUCGAACGCCGGCCUGCGCUUCAACAACUGA